UCUUGUUCUGCUCUUGAGAUACUCAAAAACAAGAAACUUGAUAAAAGUGGUGAGGUUUCAGUACUGAGACUUUCCCACUCGGUGACACUUCAUGCAAGAUCGCCUUUUCCUUCCUGAUGGCGACGCGCUCCUCCCUCCACCCUGGGGAUCCUGAAGCAUCAGUGUCACUGAGCAGAUUUCCCGCCAUUUCUGUCCAGAAUGGAAGGUCAUGGGAAUGACUGUAACCAGGUGGUGUCCCCAAACUACAAAUACCUUUAAGCACAAUGAUGUGAAGAGUUGUAGAGAAACCCGCUUGGAAAUUUGAUGCAGAAAACCCGUCCACUGACCCUAAGACCCGACCGUAGAGAUGGACGUGCCCCUUUUCAAUCUGACCCCAAGCCCACCUUCCUUCCACUGUUUCUUUUCCCUACUCUCCACAUCAUGAUGCCUCUUGGUCACCCUCGGAGUCAUGAGAGGCAGGAGGUGUGGCCAAGGAGAGUGAAAAUCAAUCAUUGGAGACUUCAGUGUACUUCCUGUUUCACUUGCAGAUGUCGCCAGGGUCUCUGAAGAGGGAAGACACGAGGAGACAGGCUCCAGCCCAGACACGACAUCAUGCAUCUCCUCGGUCCCUAUCUCUUCCUGCUUCUGGAAUAUUUGGCUUUCUCUAAUUCAAAUCCGUGGAUCUUCGAACACCCCGCCACCUUCUAUGCCUGGGAAGGGGCCUGCGUCUGGAUUCCCUGCACCUACAGAAUCCCAAAGGCGGAUGCACAAGUGGACAGGCUUGUCAUGUUCCACAAUCCUGAGUACAACGAAACCAUCAAACGCUACGUGGGGACUGUCCUCUAUAAUAACACAGUGAACAGGAAGUCCCCUUCUCAGCAGGGAAGGGUACGGUUCCUGGGAGACUCAAAAAAGAACUGCACCCUGAGCAUCGAGUCAUUGUACGUCAAUGACAGCGGCCGGCUGGGGCUGAGGAUGAUGACAAAGGACGACAAAUGGAUGGACCAUGUAAACCUCAGCAUCUCUAAAUCUCCUUUUCCACCUCGCAUCCAGAUCCCUCCAGAACUUCAGGAGUCCCAGACUGUCACUGUGACCUGCUUGUUGAACUUCACCUGCUUUGGAUAUGACAUUGAACUGCGGUGGGUCCUGGAGGGGCUCCCCUUCACCCCUGCUUCCUCCACCAUCUCCUCCUCACCUACCACCCAGAAUGUCUCUACCAAGAGCCAGAUCGACUUGAAACCGGAGUGGACUCACCACGGGAAGAACUUGACCUGCCAGGUGUGGCAUUCUGCCGAAGUGCUCUCCGAGGAGACGGUGCAGCUGAACGUGAAGCAUGUCCCCAAGGGGGUAACCACUGUGAUUGAGAGCCCCACACCGAUUCGAGAAGGAGACAGCGUGACCCUGCGCUGUAGGUACAACUCCAGUAACCCAACAGUUACCCGGUAUGAGUGGAGCCCCCAACGCUUGUGGAAUGAGCCAUCCCACGAGGUGAUGAAGAUUCAGAACGUUGCCUGGGACACCCCAUCCAUCUCCUGUUCCGCCUGUAACCAGUGGUGUUCGCCAGCUUCUCCCAUCGACCUGGAUGUCCAGUAUGCUCCCAAGGAGGUGAAGGUCCUGCAGAUCAGUUCCCUGUCAGAGAUUCGUGCUGGGAACCAGGUCCGACUUCAGUGCCACUUCUCAAAGAGCCACCCGGAAGAAGUCCACUUCUUCUGGAAGAAAAACGGAAGUCUUCUGGAAGCAAAAGGAAGAGAACUGAACUUUGACUCCGUCUCCCCGGAAGAUGCUGGAAAUUACAGCUGCUUGGUCCAAAACUCCAUAGGACAGUCAGCAUCUGAGGCCUGGAGGCUGCAAGUGCUAUAUGCACCUCGGAGGCUGUGGGUGUCCAUUACCCCGGGAGACAGAGUGAUGGAAGGGAGAAAGGCAGCCCUGACAUGUGAGAGCGAUGCCAACCCUCCCAUCUCACAGUACACCUGGUUUGACUGGAAUAACCAAGACCUCCAGUAUUCUGGCCAGACGCUGAGCUUGGAUCCUGUGAAGGUCGAGCACUCGGGCUCCUACUGGUGCAAGGGGGUCAACAAGCUGGGCGAGGGCGAGUCACCCCCCAGCACCCUCACCAUCUACUAUAGCCCGGAGACCAUCGCCAGGCGAACGACCAUGGGAAUUGGCAUCUGCCUGGCCAUCCUCAUCCUGGUCAUCUGGGGGGUGAAGCUUCAGCAAAACUGGAAGAGGACUCGGAGCCAACAGGGGCCUCAGGAAAAUUCCAAUGGUCGGAGCUUCUUUGUGAGGAAUAAAAAGGUUAGAAGGACCCUUCUCUCUGAAGGGCCCCACUCCCUGGGAUGCUACAAUCCGAUGAUGGAAGACAGCAUUAAUUAUGCUACUCUGCGCUUUCCGGAGACUGACACACCAGGAACUGGAGGUACAGGCCCCUCAGAAACACAAGGACCUCUCCCAAAUAAUGAAGACACUUACUCAGUGGUGCAGAGGUGUCAUGUGGGUGACUACGAGAACGUGGCUCCAAAUCUUCCAGAAGAUGACGGGAUUCAUUACUCGGAGCUCGUUCAUUUUGGGACUGGGGAGCGGCCUCGGGCACCAGAAGAUGUGGACUAUGUGACCCUCAAGCACUGACAGCAGGACACAGGCUGCGUUGGAUGUGCCCAGAGCCAAUGCGGCCAAGGAAACCCCAGGGUGUCCCCAGCUGCAGCUGUUCAGCUGCUAAGUCACAGGACCUUUUUUAAUCUCCCUACACACACACACACACACACACACACACACACACACAAUCACUGAGGAGAACCUGUGUCUGUCUGGUUCAGAGCCAUUUUCCUUCCCAGGAGUGGUAACCCUGACCCUCCUGAUCUUUUUCCAUUCUCCUUCCCACCCGGGAAAUUCACCUAUGCACCCAUCCAGGAUGGCACAGCCCCCUGUGUCCCACACCCGAGACACUGCCACCCUCCAUCCCCUCCUGAGCCCUCCCCUACUGCCCUGGGAUUGAUUUGACACUGUCUUGUCUUCCCUGUCCCUUGGACCUCCCCACCCCCACUGCCACCCACGAAUCCUAUGCUCACUUUCUGCUCCUGGGGAAAUCCCAGGGAAGGACAGAAAUGAGGUAGACAGAGGCAUGGUCCCCAGCUGGCUUCUCCUCUAGAAACUGUCUACAAGCCAGCUAAGCCUUCCGUGGAGGACGGUGCGGUGACAAGCCCCUGCCCUCGGGGUCUCGUGGACUGCGCAGAUGCACUGAGAAGAACAAAGAUCAUGUACAGAGAGUUGCACAAUAAAAAUGGCAUAGAGGCCACUUCCAGGAG